CGGCGCCCGGCGCGCGGCGGCGGCGCGCGGCGGCCUCGCGCGGGCGGCGCCCUCGAACCUCUACGAGCUGCUGGGGGUGAGCGCGGAGGCCAGACAGGACGAGAUCAAGGACGCAUACCGGUCCCUGCUGAAGAUCAGCCACCCAGACGUCGCCGGCGAAGAGAGCAGCGAGCUCAUGAUGCUGCUGAACGACGCAUACGGGGUCCUGGGCUUCCCCGACGAGAGGUGCGUGUACGACGGAACGCUGUCUGAGCGAGGGCACUCCGGCCCGAAGGCCGAGGUCUCAACCGACCUCGGCCCGACGUGGAAGCGGUCGCGCGACCCACUCAAUAGCAAGCCGGAGUGGAGGGGCACCCCGAGGUCGAUGUCUCGCUACGACAAGCUUCCAGAGGAGGACCGGGGCGCGAUGUGGAAGCAGCAGAAGUACGUGUACGUGAACCCCUUCAACUGCGUCGGGUGCUACCAGUGCUUCUCCGCGGCCCCCAAGACGUUCAUGAUGAGUAGCGUGCACGGGAAGGCGUUGGCCUACAACCAGUGGGGCGAUGCAGAGGUCGAGAUCCACUGGGCCAUCGAGGCCUGCCCGACGGACUGCAUCAGCUGGGUGAGCCGCGAGGACCUGCAGGCCUUAGAGCACGUGACCGCCGUGUACCUGUACGAGAACAACAACCAGAUGAGUGUCCCGACGCAGCUAACAAGCCGUCCAGGAAAGCUUCAGGACCCCUUCACUCAGGCGGAUAUCUGGAAGUCGAAGGCUGCCAGGCAGGAGAAGCAGGCGAGGCUGCUCGCGGCCGCCGGGGCCGGCAGGGCGGCGGAGGCGCUGGAGAGCAGGAUCGCGAGGAUCUUCGAGGCUCACUAGAGACAAAUCAGCUCGGCUGGCCGGGCUAUGCCGCACCGGCGGACGAGGCCUGAGGCGCCGGCCGGCCUCCCUCGGGCCUCCCCUCCUCUCGCCGUGCCCCGAGGUCCUGGCGUCUCAGUCCCCGCGUGUCUCCCCGCGUGACUUCUUCGGUGGCCGUCUCCCUCGGGACCCGUCUGCUUCGCUGUCCUCCCUCUCGGCGGGUGUAUGUGGACCGUGUUUCCCGAGACCUAGGGCCCAAAGUUCUCAGCAAGGCUGGGAAGGCGGCUCGGGGUAAGCAAUGUAUGUAUAGACUCGCUUCGCGACUGGUCUCAUCUCUUCUCAUCUCAUUUCAUUUCAUCUCAUCUCAUCACAUCUUCGCUGUCCUCCCUCACAGGUUCCUUCUGCGUUCUCCCCGGAUGCGUGCGCUCGCGCGCGGCGCCAGCGCACGCUCCGGGCUCGCUCGCGGCGUAGACGCUAUGGAGG